AAAUAAAAGUUAACAUCUGUGCGAGCUCUCAGAAGAUGGCAGUACCGCUAAGCUGCGAAGCCGGAUACGCCCAGCAGCUCUUCCUCGUUUGAUCUGAACAAACACGAGGGUCCAGGAUGGAACAUCCCUGUUUGUUCCUGCUGCUUUGUGCUAGUUUUCUGUUCGUUCACGCUUUACCACCAAAUGGGACUGAAUUACCAAAACCAACAGCGACGACAAACUCCACGGAGGAGAGCGGCUUACACCAGGACCUCCUGACUUCCGUGCUCGUCCUGCUGCUGGUGUUCGUCGUCUUCCUCCUUCUGGCCGGCUACUUCUUCAGGUUUCGAAGGAGCAGGAAAGCUGUCGUGAGCUCCGGCGACAAAAAGAUGCCCAAUGGGAUCCUGGAAGAGCAAGAACAGCAGAGAGUGAUGCUGCUCAGCAGGUCUCCGUCGGGCCCCAAGAAGUAUUUUCCUAUCCCAGUAGAAAAUCUGGAGGAAGAAAUCAGGAUCCGGUCGGCGGACGAAGGGAAGCUGUUCCGGGAGGAGUUUAACUCAUUGACAUCUGGACAUGUGCAGGGAACGUUCGAAAUGGCAAAUAAGGAAGAAAACAGGGAGAAAAACAGAUACCCGAACAUCCUACCAUAUGAUCAUUCCAGAGUGAUUUUGUCCCAAAUAGACGGAGUCCCAUCUUCAGACUACAUUAAUGCAUCCUACAUAGAUGGUUACAAAGAAAAGAAUAAAUUUAUAGCAGCACAAGGACCUAAACAAGAGACAGUCAGCGAUUUCUGGAGGAUGAUAUGGGAGCAGAAGUCUGCAGUUAUUGUCAUGUUAACAAACUUGAAAGAAAGAAAAGAGGACAAAUGUUAUCAGUAUUGGCCUGAUCAAGGAUGCUGGACUUACGGCAGUAUCCGCGUGUCGGUGGAAGAUUGUAUAGUCCUCGUGGACUACACCAUUCGCAAGUUCUGUGUCCAGUCCCUUCACGACGGUUGUAAAGCUCCAAGGCUUGUUACGCAGCUUCAUUUUACCAGCUGGCCGGAUUUUGGAGUGCCUUUCACACCUAUCGGCAUGCUGAAAUUCCUGAAGAAAGUCAAAACGCUGAAUCCUGCCCAUGCUGGACCAAUUGUGGUGCACUGUAGUGCCGGAGUGGGUCGAACGGGCACGUUUAUCGUUAUAGAUGCCAUAAUAGACAUGAUGCACGCUGAACAGAAAGUUGAUGUUUUCGAGUUUGUUUCGAGAAUCCGGAAUCAGCGUCCACAAAUGGUUCAGACUGACAUGCAAUAUUCAUUCAUUUAUCAAGCCUUACUUGAAUACUACCUCUAUGGGGACACGGAACUGGAUGUGUCAUCCUUAGAAAAACAUCUACAGUCAUCACACAGUACAGCGCCGAAUCUUGUCAAAAUAGGGCUAGAAGAAGAAUUUAAAAAGCUGACGAACGUUCGAAUAAUGAAGGAGAACAUGAGGACUGGCAAUCUUCCAGCAAACAUGAAAAAGGCGAGAGUCAUCCAGAUUAUUCCGUAUGAUUUUAACAGAGUGAUUCUGUCGAUGAAAAGAGGUCAAGAAUAUACAGACUACAUCAAUGCUUCCUUCAUAGAUGGCUAUCGCCAGAAGGAUUACUUCAUUGCCACGCAAGGACCGCUUCCUCAUACCGUGGAGGAUUUUUGGCGAAUGGUGUGGGAGUGGAAAUGUCACACUAUAGUUAUGCUCACCGAAGUUCAAGAAAGGGAGCAGGAAAAAUGCUUCCAGUACUGGCCAUCAGAGGGCUCUGUGACUCACGGAGAGAUAACCGUAGAAAUAAAGAAUGACAGUCUUUUAGAUGCCAUAAGUGUAAGGGACUUCAUAGUCACGUACAGUCAGAGUAACCAGGAGAAGCAAAGCAGGCUAGUCCGGCAGUUCCAUUUUCACGGGUGGCCAGAGAUUGGAAUUCCUGCGGAAGGAAAAGGGAUGAUUGACCUGAUUGCAGCUGUCCAGAAGCAGCAGCAGCAGACAGGAAACCACCCGAUUACUGUGCACUGCAGUGCUGGCGCUGGAAGAACAGGUACAUUCAUAGCACUCAGCAAUAUUCUGGAACGAGUAAAAGCUGAAGGGCUCUUAGAUGUAUUUCAAGCUGUGAAGAGCUUAAGACUGCAAAGACCACAUAUGGUGCAAACACUGGAACAGUAUGAAUUCUGCUACAGAGUGGUACAAGAUUUCAUCGACAUAUUUUCUGAUUAUGCUAAUUUCAAAUGAAAAUUCUUGCCUUAUUUUUUAAGUUGUCUGUAUAAAUAGGUGUAUAUUCUGUUAAUUUAUUUUUUGUCAUUC